UGUUCCCUAAAAUUCAAUGAGUGGUUUUGCUUUCUUUUAUUUUCCUCUCUCCUCCCUCUCCUUAAUCCCCAAUUCUUCUUCCCCAUUACACAAAUUUUACUUCCAUUUCCCCAUUCUUUUCUUUCCUUCUUUCUUUCUUUCAUAUUAAUCUUUUCAAUGGCCUCUGAUAGCUUCACCGACAAGAAUGCAGUUUUCAAGAGGCUAAAGGCCAAGUCGGAGAACAAGAUCUGUUUCGAUUGUAAUGCGAAGAACCCCACUUGGGCGUCCGUUUCCUUUGGGAUCUUCCUUUGCAUUGAUUGUUCUGCUGUUCAUCGGAGCCUUGGCGUCCAUAUAAGCUUCGUCAGGUCAAUAAAUUUGGACUCAUGGUCACCGGACCAGCUGAAAAUGAUGAGCUACGGCGGAAACAACCGUGCUCAGGUGUUCUUCAAGCAGCACGGUUGGAAUGACGAUGGCAAAAUUGAAGCCAAGUAUACAUCCAGAGCUGCAGAUUUGUAUAAACGAACCCUUUCCAAAGAAAUCGCUAAAAUCAUGGCUGAAGAACCCCCUCGCCCUUCUUCCCCUGUUUCUUCUCACUCCAAUGGCAAUGGCAAUGGUAAUGCCCUCCCAGCAAUCAAAACCACCAAACAAGAAGCCCCUGAAAUCUCUUCUUCUCCAAAAGCUUCUCAUUCUGUUGUUAUCAAAAAACCCAUCGGUGCAAAAAAGACAGGCAAGGUCGGCGGACUUGGCGCUCGGAAGCUUACCACGAAGACGAGUGAGAAUCUAUAUGAUCAGAAACCUGAAGACCCCCCGACACCGGUUUCAUCGUCGAUAACAACAAGUGGUACAACGGCUUCAUUGUUGUCUUCUCGGUUCGAGUAUGUUGACAACGCACAAUCUUCUGAUGUGAGCUCUAAUGGUUCCCCUGUGUUUGGACAUAUUGCUCCACCGAAAUCGUCAAGCUUCUUUGCUGAAUUUGGAAUGGAUAAUAAUCACAAUGGUGUUUAUUCAAAGAAAUCAGGCUCAAAUUCCUCCAAAAUCCAGGUGGAGGAGACUGAAGAGGCUCGAAAGAAAUUCUCGAAUGCAAAAUCAAUUUCGUCUGCUCAGUUCUUCGGUGAUCAAAACAAAUCUGCCGAGUCAGAGGCCAAGGCUUCAUUGCAGAAAUUCACAAGUUCAUCGGCAAUCUCAAGUGCCGACCUGUUCGGACAGGGGAUGGAUGAUUCGACUCUGGAUCUCGCAGCAAAUGAAUUCAUCAGCCGAAUUUCUUUACAGGCUUCACAAGAUAUAUCAUCGUUGAAGAACAUGGCGGGGGAGACAGGGAGGAAGCUGAGCUCAUUGGCAUCAACGUUGAUGACUGACAUUCAAGACAGGAUUCUUUGAUUGCAAAACUCCAUGGACAUAAGCCCCAAUCUGCAAAUUAUACUAUUAUACUAUUCUCAAUUGAAUUUGGUAUUCUUUUUUUGUUUUCUUUGCAAAUUAAGUAUAUUGAUAUAUUUUCCAACUUAGUGUUUUGUAUUUGUAUUUGUUUAUAUUUGUAUUUUUUUUUUUUGUGUUCAACGGUAUUUAAGAUCUAGGAUUUGAACCGUUGACUAGUUGAGCUAUGUUCAAUUGACCUUAUUACUACCUAGGGUUGGAUGGUAAAGAAACGUGCACUACAAAUUUAUUAUUGUUGUUAUUUUCUUUUGGAACAUAAAUAAACUUAAAACUUGAUUCUACUUA